AUGUCUUCUACUGACUCCCUAGUUCGUAACUUCAAUGAUAUUGACCCACCGAAAACCGACCCAGAGGGCUUGAAAUGCUGUAAAAAAGCGAUUAAUGCCGGAAGUAUUAUUUUAGGACGUCAUAAUGAAGACGUGCCUGUGAAACCAUCUUUGUUCAUUCAAAAAAUGUCAUUGUCUUCAGAGGACUUAUAUAAGGAGCUGAUUUAUGGUCACGUUCCAGAGACACUAGCACUGCAUGACAUGUCUUUAAUCGGAGACCAAAAGAUAACUUCUUUCCCCAUCAGUCGUCCACUUUUUCAGCCAUUUCCGUCUGAACUUGUUUUCCAACGCUUUGAGGCAGGGAAGUCCUAUGAGUUGCCAUUAUUACUUCGUAACAUGGAUAAGGUAUCAAGAACAGCUCAUCUCAUCCAGAAUGAUACACCUUACUUCAGAAUAAAGCGACUGAAUUCGCAAGGGUCAAAGGUCGCAGCUGGAUUAUCACUUUCCUUCUCAAUAGUCUUCACUCCUGACGUUCAUCAAGAUUAUCGUCAUGAUCUCAUGUGUGUAACUGAUAGGGAAUUAUUUUCCAUACCAGUCUUCUGCAUCGGUCCAAGGGCAAUUCUUGACCUCCCUGAUGAAAUUUGUUUCGGAGAAGUUCCUGUGAAAGUGACAAAUAAGAAGGUACUCGGUAUAAGAAACACUGGAGAUGGUAUUGCUAUGAUAAAACUGGAUACUGCAAAACCUUUCUUUGUUGAUCCCGUUGUCCUGAAAGUUGCACCUGGUGCUCUAGAAGAAAUUACUAUCUCCUUUAUUCCUGAAAGUACUGACAACCUUUGUAGGAAGAUGUUUAUUGUUUAUAACACUGGAGAAAAACUUCAAAUUGAUCUCCAUGGUAAGGGAGUUGAAGCACCGGUAAACUUGAAGGAUAAAGAUAUAAAUUUGAAUGGAACUUUUAUCGGUUUGCAUACACAAGCAAGUGUUUUUAUCGAGAACAAUUCUUCUGACUUUGUGAGCUACAAAUGGAGCCCAUUCCGAAAUCCUGGAGAGGAGUCCUCUGUGAAUGAAAUACUAAUCGGAACUUUUAGCGACAAGCAGGAUUUCGAGUCCGAACUGAAACAAAAGUUAAUAACGUGGAUAAGAAAUUUUUCUGAGCAACAGAUUCCAUAUCCAACAAAUAUUCAAACAAUUGAAUGUUCACCAUUCAACAUUGAACCAAUUGAAGGACGUAUUCAACCAUAUUCAACACAAGAAUUUAUUGUACAUUUCAAUCCAGAGAAAGCAAAACAUUAUAAAGAUGAAUUUUAUUGUGAUAUUGAAGGAGUUACAGAAAGAUUAAAUCUUUCAAUUCAUGGAGAAGGUUUAGGACCAAGAAUUAAAUUUUCAUUUAAAAAUUUAAAUAUGGGAAAACUUUUUAUUGGUUCAAAGCAUAAAUAUGAAUUAGUUUUAUCGAAUAGUGGAUUAAUUGAUACAAUGUUCUCUAUUCAGUCUAUACAUAAUGUUAGUCAUUAUGAUAAUGAGAUAUUCAAGGUUUCUAGAGAUGAUAACAAUUAUUCCAUGGGAAAAUUCUCUAAAUAUUUUCAAUUUACACCAGAUGAAGGUUUAAUUUGCCCUGGAGGUUAUCAAGUAAUACAAAUAGAUUUUAAAUGUGAUAAUUUACUUGGAGAGUUUAGUGAAAUCUUCAAGUUUGUAUUCGAUGGAUCUUCAACACCUGAAGAUAUUACAUUCAGUGGUACUGUCGUUGGACCAACAUUCCAUUUCAACGUAUCAGAAGUAGAAUUCAAUCAAGUUUCCUACGGCUUUUCACAAGAAAAGACUAUAACUCUGCAUAAUACUUCAUUUAUACCCAUGGAUUUUAUUCUACGUGUUGUCAGUGAUGAUAUUAUCAACGAUAAUGAUGACAACAGUAAAACAUUGGAUUCACUUACUUUUCAUAGCAAUAAUUAUAAUGAAAAUGAUUCAUCAUUGAUAAGUGAACAAUGUUUAAACAAACAAACUGAAGUAACAUCAUUUCAAAUUACUCCAGAAUGUGGUCAUCUUUUAGCAAUGAGUCCAAUCAAUAUAUCAAUACAAUUUACUCCAAAAUGUUUAGGCUAUAAAAAGUAUAGACUUAUUGUUGAUGUUGUAAAUGUUGGAAAUGACGAGCAUUGGAUACCGAUACUUACUGAAGCUAUUCGACCAGAAAUAAUUGUAACACCAGAAUUUAUAAAUUUGACAAGAUGUUUUAUAAAUCAUCCAUAUGUUAUUGAAUUGACAUUAACCAAUAAAUCGACACAACCAGCUAGUUAUCAAUUUAUUGAACAAUCCUCAAGAUUAAAAGAAACCAAUAGAAUGUCCACAACAAUAGAUGAUUCUGAGUAUUCCAAUGAAAAUAAAUUACAAUAUUGGACAAAUAAUUCAAAGGGUAUUAUAAGUGAGUCAAAUUCAGUGAAAUUAUCAGUGACAUUUAAAGCAAAAGUGUUGGGAUUAAUUCUAAAUGAAUUACGUAUAAAAAUUUGUGGAAUCGAUGAAAACCCUUUGAAAAUACCUGUACGAUGCAUCGGUGAAGGUCCAGUACUGCAUGUUGAAGAAACUAAAUUGGAUUGGGGAACAAUACCUGUGCUACAACCAAUUGUUAAAGUAUUGAAAAUUUCAAACGAAUCAUGUAUUGAUGCACAUUUUACUACUAAAAUGCUUCGUAAUGAUACAGUGUUUGAAGUGGAAUCAACCUCAGGCAUCAUUCCAGGUUAUAGUCAUAUUGACAUGAAUAUUAUAGCUAAUUUAAAUGAUAUUAUACUAUUUAAGGAUCAGUUAGAAAUACAAAUUGAAAAUACUUCAAAAUCAUUGAAGAUUGAUUUAAUCGCAAUUGGUCAAGGUGGUACAAUUGUUAUACAACCAUCUAUAGGAUCUAUAUUGAAUUUAGGCCAUCAAUUUAGUGUAAAUCCAAUGAGAAAACAGUUUAAAGUAAUAAAUAAAGGUAGACGACAACAACAAUUGAUUUGGUCAAUAGAAGGACAAUCUCUACGUAAAUCAAUUCAUUCAGAUAAUCAAUCCUUAAUUAAACCUGAAACAAAAUGGACAAUUACCCCACAUCGUUUUGAAAUUAAUCCUGGAGCAAGUACAGAAAUUUGUUUAGAAGUUCAAUGUGAUAGUCCUAAAACAGUUCAUGAGAAAAUUUUAUGUCAUUCUAUUAUUGGACGAAGUGCAAAGUACUUGAUCAAGACAGUUGAUGUCUCCAUUGAUUUUAUUACACCAGUCAUUGAAUUAUCUUCUAGUGAAUUAUUUUAUCGAGUAGAAAAGGGCCCAUCUGAUGAACUUUCUAUCCAAUUUAAUCGAUUUACAAUGACUAAUAAAGUGGAUUUAAUAUUGACCUGCUCAUUGGAAGUUUGUAAUCCAUUUUAUUUAUAUUUAAAUGAUAAUCAUAUCUCAACUAUGACAUUUCAAAUGAAUCCAUUUGAAUCGAAAGAAGUUACAGUUUCAUUCAAUCCAUUGUAUAAAGAGGAUUUAAUUAGUCGAAGAGCUGAUGAACUAUUAUUUAUCAAGUAUGCUGAACAUCCACAAACGGAUGCUUUACGAUUAAUUGGAGAAGUACAUUUUCCAAAUCUUCAGCUUGAUACAGAUAAGAUAGAUUUUGGUUGUAUACUGAAUAAUACAGAAAUGACUAAACAUUUGAAUAUGAAGAAUGUAAGUCCUUUACCAGUGAAAUUUCGUUGGAGUCUACUGAUUGGUGAUCGAACUAACAUUAUAUUUAAACGUCAAGCUCGUUUAACAGAAUAUCAUCCAUCUGAAGAGAUUAAUGGAACUGUACACUUUAAUGAAAGUGAUAAUAAAAUCUAUGAGCAAAUCGAUGAAAUCGAUAACAAUAAUAAAAUCAAUGAAUCUAUCCCAAUCAUUCCAACUAUUGAGAUAAAUACACAAAAAAAUGAUGAGAAUAUACUAGAGAGUAUGGAUCCUAAUUCAUUAACACCUAAGAAUAGUGUAUUAUGUAAUCUACUUGAAGAAGAUGGAGAUAUUGUACCAUUAGGUAUUGAAGAAUUAUUUGAUAUUGUACCAUUAUAUGGUGAAAUUAUUCCAGAAGCCUGUGUAAUUGCUUUAUGUGAAGUUGAUGGUGGUCCAGAAUAUAAAAUUGAAUUAAAAGGUUCUGCAUCUGAGAUUAAUUAUAUAAUUGAUCAAACUGAUAUUAAUCUCGGUUAUAAUAGAAUGGAUAAACCAAUAAUAUAUAAAUUUAAUAUAAUGAAUAUAGGAAAAGUUAAUUUUAACUUUUCAAUUAAUUUACCAUCAUAUAGAAAAUCUAAUGAAAAUAUUCAAAAAUCAAUUUUAUUCAAUUAUGAACAAUAUGGUCAACUUAAAAUUGAACCAUUAUAUGGACAAGUGAAUAGUUAUAAAUCAUAUUCAAUUCAAUUAACUUAUAUUUCAUUUCGUCCAGGAUAUUUUGAACAAGAAAUUGAUAUAAUAAUUGGACAUUUUUUACCAAAACGUAUUAAAUUUUAUGGUAUAACAGAAUUUGCUCAUUUAAUUUUAAAUUUACCGCGUACACUUAAGUUGUUAAAUGUUCAAUCAUUGAAUAUUGAACAUGAAUUCAAUAUUAAUAAAAAUUAUUCAUUAUUCAAUUAUACACCUUGUGUAUAUGAAUUAACUAUGCAAAAAUUAAUUAAUUAUUUAUAUAAAGAAAUAAUAAAAUUAAUAGAAUUAUGGGAAAAACAAGAAAAUAUUUUAAUGAUUUGUUUAUGUAAGACAAUAUUUUCAACUAGUUCAUUAUUAUCUUGUAUAAAAAAUAAAAAACAAUUAAAUGAAAUUUUUAUUCAUGAUAAAAAUUGUUUUAUUACAAAAGCAUUAAAACAAAUUUUAGCUAAACAAUAUAAUUUAGUUAAUAAAUUACCUGAAAAUAUUUUACAACUUAUACCAGAUAUAUAUUUACAAUUAGAUGCAGAAUGUGCACAUAUUUGUAGUUUAUUGAAUAAUCCUACAGAUGUCAUGCAUAACAAUACAAAUUCUAAGAGUAAUGUUCAUCAAUUGAAUAUAAUCACAGAAUCAGAGGAACCAUUAAAACCUUUACCAUUAAAUAAUUUAUCAUUACCGCACUAUUUACUUGAUUUCGGUAUUGUUAUCAUGGGAACAAGUGUUAAACAAUGUAUAUAUGCUAUUAAUACAAGUUAUGAACCAAUUACUUUUCGUUUCGAUACAAUAUCAUUAUCAAAAGCUAAACAAUUAGGGUUUAAUACGAAUAUUACAAAAAUUCAUCAUUUACCCGGUUAUCCUGAUUAUGAAAAAUUACAAUUGGAAAUUACAUUCGAUACAAAACAGAUAAGUCAAAUAGAUGAUAGUUUAAUUCAAACAGAAUUAAUUAUUAAGGUUUUGAAUGGUCCAUCAGUUUCAAUAUGGCUUAAAGCAAAUAUUAUAAAACCAAUGCUUAAAUCUCAUAUAAAUAAUAUUGAUUUUGGUGAAGUUCAACGUGGUGAAGCACGUUUGAUCACUGUACAAUUAUAUAAUCCAUCACCUGUAUCAAUAAAAUGGAAUCAAUCAAUUACUGAAUUACAAACUCAUAAAAAUAUUAUGGAUACAGUUUAUCCAAUUCGAAUUUGUUAUAAAUCACGGCAAAAUAGACUCAAAGAGAAACAAUUACGAAUAUUUGAAGUAGUACCUAACAGAGGAAUUCUACAACCUAAUGAGAAGACUAAUAUCCAGAUUAAAUUUACACCAAUUGAAGAGAAACGUUAUGAAACAAAAAUUCUAUUGAAUAUUGAAAAUAGUGAUACAGUAUUAAAAAUUCAAUGUCAUGGUAAAGGUUUAGAACCUCAAUUAAUAUUUGAUCGUAGUCUAUUACAAUUUUCACCAACUUUACCAUUUUCACCAACUGGAAGCGAAGAAAUUGUCACCGUAACAAAUCCUUGUGAUUAUCCAAUAGAAUUUUAUUCAAUUGAAUUAGAUAAACAAUUUGCACAGGAGGAUGAAAUACUUCGAUCACUGGAUGGUUAUGAUGAAUACGGAAGUUUAUUAUUACCUCCACGUAAACCAGGUGAUCCUUUACCAUCAGAAUUAAUUACAUACUAUGAAGAACAAAUGAAAAUGUCACAUUCCAAGUUGUCUGAAGAAUCUGAAGAGAAUAUUGAAGAGAAAAAUGUCAAAGAAUUGAAAUUCUCAGAAGUUCCACUAUCAUCAUGGAAGGAAACUAAGAAAUCCAUAACAAAUUAUACUUCAACUAGUGAAUCAGAACGUAAUAAAUCUGAUAGUCGAAGUACUAGUUCUGAUGUAUUUUUGGACAAUAUAAAACGUGAAGAUAGUAAAAUAAUGAAUUUGAAUAUUCACACUAAUGGUGAAAAACAAACAUUUGAUAUUACACCUGUUACACUGGCUAUAUCACGAUAUUUAGGCAUAGAUUCAACUCCAGAAUCACAUAAAUCAAGUACACUUGGUAUUGUAAUCUUUGUCAAUGGAGCAUUAGCAUCUAUUCGAAGAAAUAUUGUCAAUAAAUUAGCUGACAAGUAUCAAGCAAUAAUAUUGAAUAUAAAUCAGAUAAUCAUUGAAGCUUUACUAACAAGUUCAACUGAGACUGCUGGUCAAGCAAGACAAAUAUGCUUAGAUGUCGGUGAACAAAUUAUUCAAGCAAAGUUAGCUGAAAAGCAAAGAGAACAACAAGAACAAGACCAACAACGACAACCACAACACCAACAACAACUGCACUUGUCAGAUUCAGAAAUAAAAUUAGACUCACCUAAAGAAUCACAUACUGAGAUACUGAAAGAUGAAACACUUCAUGAAGUUGAUUUACAUACUUCAUUGUCAAAUGUUGGUGAACAAUCGAAAGUGAUUGGUCAAAACAAAACAAUCAAUCGACAAGGUCAAGGUGGAAAUAAAAGUCUAGGACAUCGUCGUACAUCAAACGAGCUUGGAAAACCAUCAAGUAGUCCCAAGUUAAAUCCAUUUUCAAAGUCAAAAUAUAUCAGUUUAUCAAUUCUCAAUUAUUUAAAUAUAUCAUCUGAAAACAUUAGUAAUAAUAGUUUACAAUUUAUAUUACCGUAUACUGAACAAUUAUACACUACAUUUCUACCUGAUGAGAUAAUAAUAAGAUUAAUACAAGAACGCUUAAAGUAUCCUGAUUGUAUAAAUGCUAACGGUAUUAUAAUUGAUGGAUUAGAAUCAGAUUUUAUAAAAAAUUCACUGUCUACAAUCGAGAUACUACUGAAAUGCUUUAAAGAUUGUAAGUAUACUUAUACAAUAAGUAUUAAAUCUGAUUAUGAAAGAUAUAAACAAUGUAUAACAGAAAUACAAGCUGAUAUAAAUGAAGCUCAAUUGUUAAAAAAUACUACUUAUUAUAAAAAGUUAGAUGAUUUAACAGACUAUGAAUAUGAAGAAUUAUCAGAUAAUGAAAGGAAACAUAUUGAUGAAUUACAAUUGAAAAUACGUCGUGAAAAACGUCAAAUUGAACUAGAACAAAAACGUAUACAUGCAGAACAAUUACGUGAAGAACAAGAAGCUGAAAUAAAGCGUUUAGAAAUGGAACGAAAUAAUAAGAGACGAGGUAAACGAAUGGAUGACAAACCACUUAAACCUAAUACAAUGAAAGAUAAUGUUGCAUUAUCUGGUCGAAUGAGCUCGAAAUCUACAAGAGAUGUGAUAAAUAAUAUGCAUAAUAAUAAUGUGAUUAAAUCAGAUUUACCAGAGAAAUCACCAUUGGGAGUGUUAGAAGAAACACGUAGAACAUCAAGAUCCCAUGAAAAACAUCGUAAAUCUGCUACUAGUUUCAAAGAUGAAGCAUUAACUGAAGAAGAGAUUGGAGUGCAUAUGACAGAUGAAGAACAGUUAACACAUCAAAUUUUUAAAUCAUUUGAAGGUGAAUUUCUAAAUAUUUGUGAAUUACUCAGUACAUGGAAUCGAAUAACAUUACAACAACAAACAUCUUUAUUAGAAUCUCGUGAAGAUAGUCCAACAUCAACUAUUGUAAACUUACCAGCUGGUAAACGUACAAGACAAAGUGGUUUAAAUCUUCCGCUAAAUUCUAUCAGUACUAAUUUAAACAAAUCAAAACAUUCAAUUAGUAAAUGUGAACCAACUAGUAUACCACAAGUUAUACAUGAAAAUUUAACUAUUCUAUUACCAAUCUAUUGUGAUUUAAAUAUAUUGAAUGAAAAUCAAUUCAAUCAUGAAAAAGAUUCAUCAGACUCACAAAUUAUCGGUAUUCCACAUUUAAUUGUUGAAUUUCCAUUCAAGAAGGAAACAAAUAUUACUGAAGUCAUUAAGAAGGAAAUCACCAGAAUGUUAAAUGAUUCAGAUAUAAUUCAUAUUGAACAUUUAAUUGGUACUAAAAUUAAAGAAUAUUUACUAAUGACAAUUUAUGAAACUAAUGAAGAAGGAGAAGAAAAUGAAAGGCAACAACAUAUAGAAGAGAAUAAAUUAUCAAAUGAACUUUGUCAGUUAUUAUCUUUUUAUUUACCAGAAUUGAAUGAUAUAUUAAAUUAUCUUGAUAUUGGACCAAAUGGGCCAAAAAUACCGAAAUCAAAUAAUUUUUCAAUUAUAUAUUAUCCUAUAAAUCGUGAAAUAAUAAAUAAUUUAUCAAUUAAUACAAAUGAUAAUUGUUAUAAUUAUGAAAAAAUGAAUCAAUCAUUUAAAACAAUAAAAGUGAUUAAACAAAAAUUGUAUACAGCUAACUUGAAAUAUUAUGAAUUCUUAUAUUCUGGACAAGGUGAUCCUAUAACACCAUCAAUUCAAAUGAAUGGUUUAUCACAAGUUACUGGUUCAGUUGAAGAAGAAAAUGACACUGUAGAGUCAUCAAUUAAACAAAAGGAAGCUGGUGAAUCAUUACGUAAAACAGUUGGUCGAUCUAAUAAAAAAGAACGUAAAUCACCACGACAAAAGCAUCCAAUCAUUGAAUCAGGUGAAACUACAAGUCGAAAACCAAAAUUUUCUGUUACCAGUUCAAAUGUUGGAUAUGGUGGUGGUAGACAUAGUUCUAUAACUAGUCUUAUUUCAGAGCAAGUUUCAUUGAAUGAUGAAAUUUCAAGUGUUGAAUCAAAUCAAAUCUUAAUUGGACAACCACUAAAUCAUUUUCGUUGGAUUAUACCUGCUAAAGGAAAAGUACAGUUAAGAAUUCGUUUUCGAUGUGAAAGAAUUGGUCAAUUUGAUCAAAUCUUCAAUUUUGAACUAUUGAAUACACGAAGAAUUUAUCAAUUAUACUGUCGUGGAGUAUGUAUGCUACCAACAAUUAGCCGUGAGCCAAGACUAAUUUAUCCCAUACGUAAACGUACUAUUAAUCCAGGUGAAAUUGUACAUGGCACCUAUUUAAUGUCAACAUCUUGCUUUGAAUUUGGACCAUUAUUGAUUGAAAAAUCUAAAGAACGUAUUCAAGAGAAUUGUUAUCCAGAAAAUAUCACGUAUUUCAAUUUGGUUAAUACAUCACAAAUGGUGGCAGAGAUUAAAUUAGGUUUCUUAAAUGAUCCACAAGAAGAUUGUUAUAAUGUUCAACCAAAUGAAUUAUGCCUUAAACCAAAUCAAUCGACUACAAUUUGUCUAUAUGCCUAUCCAAAAUUGAAUAAACGUUAUAAUGAUGUAUUAGUAUGUUCAAUCAAAAAUAAUCCAGAACCAAUUUUAUUUAAAUUAGCAUGUGAUGGUGUUCUACCAGAAUUGGAAUUGGAUAAGAAAGUAUUUAAUUUUGAAAAAGUAUUACUUCAAAGAAAAGAAGUACGUUCUAUUGUAUUGAAAAAUAAUACACUAUUACCUGCACAAUGGAGAUUAUCAGGCAUAGAAACAUUAGGUGAUGAAUUUUCAAUUUCACAAGAUACUGGUAUUGUUGAACCACAAUCAGAAUCUAUUUUAUAUGCAUACUUUCGUGCAAUGAAACCGAUUAAAUCAAAUCAGAAGAAAAGUUUACGUUUAGAAGUUUAUGAUUUAGAGAAUAUAGCUGGUUUAAUACAAGUGGAGACAAUUCAAGUGAUUGCUGAAGCAUAUGAUGUAGCUUUAGAUAUUAACUUUCCUAAAGGCAGUGAUGGUGGUAUUGAUUUUGGUUUAAUCAAAGUUGGUGAGGAGGUGAAACACACAAUCAUAUUAAAAAACAAAGGACCUUAUGAGAUUGUUGUCAAUUUCAUAUUUUCGAAGAAUACAACAAUGAAAAAGGAUUACAGCGAUGUAUUCACCUUGACUCCACAACGAGUUAAUCUUUCUCCAUCAGAUAAAUCUGCUCAAAUUAAUCUUACUUGUUGUGCACAGUCGGAGUGUAUUUUAAAAGAAGAACAAGUCAUAAAGUGUCAAAUUGUUGAACCGAAUGCCAAAGGAACCCCACAACUAAUUGCAUCUAUCCCUAUAAAAUUAUCUUUGAAGGCAGUAUUCAGCAAAUUUACUAUUUCUCCAAGCAAAGAUAUCAAUUUUGGUUCACUUAUACUAAGUAAUCAUAAAACUAGACAAUUGAUUAUUGAAAAUAAUGGCGAGUAUGAAUUUCGUUAUUCAAUAAUACGUAUGUGUAAAAUGCUGGAACUAAUAGCAACACGUGAAGCAUAUUUGAAUAAAGAAUCUGUUGGUACAGGAAAGCAUAAAAUAUCUAAUCGUAGAAGUAAAAGAUCUGACCCAACUAUGCUAAGUACACCUCAGCCUCGUUUACAACAAGGAUUCUUCACAAUUAGUCCAGCUAGUGGAUUAAUUCCUCCAGGAAAUGCACAAAUUAUCACAGUUGACUGUGUAGCUAAAACACAGGAACUUUGUGAAGAAAAAUUAACAAUUGAAAUUACUGAUCGUGAUAUGAUUCUAUAUCCUUAUGGAAUACCAUAUCAACUUAUAGCUGAAGGUCAUCUACCAUCAAUUGAAACAAAUAAUUAUUCAAUUAUAUUUGAAGAGCAUCAUGUUUGUAAAAAUUUAAGUAUUUUAGAAUUACCUGAUUUAUCAAAUAAGAUUUCAUCAGGUGGUAUAUAUGGAAUUGAAGAGAAUCGUUUUGUCUAUAGAAAUGUAUUAGUUGGUUCACGUGUUAGUUCACGUUUUCGAAUAGCUAAUCAAAGUAAUGUACCCGCUGAUGUAUCUUUUGAAAUCACAUCUACAAAUACAUCCACAAAUAUUAAUCAACCAAGUGGACGUUCAAGUAGUCAAAAUAGUCAAACAACUAGUUGUGAUUCAUUUGAAGUUGUACCGGAGAAAAUUCAAAUUGAACCACAUUCAUCAAUUUAUGCAAAUGUAACAUUUGCUCCAAUGGCUAUGCAAAUAUAUUCAGCAAGUUUUCAUGUGUAUUUGGAUAAUAAACCAUCUGUGAAUACAAUUCUCAGUUCAGGUCGAGGAAGUGCUACUUCAAGUACUAAGCGUUCAACAAACACUCCAGUUCUCACAUUUGAAUUAUAUGGUGAAGGAAAUCUACCUCGUAUUGAUAUCAUACAACCAAAACUUCGUAAUCGUACAGGACAAACUAUGUGUGUAUUCAAGCGUAUUCAGGUCGGUAGAACAUCUAGUCAAACAUUAACGUUAUACAAUAAUGGAAUAUUAAAUAGUCGGGUGAAUAUUGAUCUAACUGAUCCAGAUGGUGUUUUCUCUUUGAAACCUCAACUAAAUAAUGAUGCUCUACUGUUUUACAAUCCAGUAAACACGUCAACCGAAUCAAAUGAAGCAUAUGAAGUAUCAGAUUCAGCUGGAAAUGAUGAAUUAUCAGUAGCAAAACAAUCUCAUAUAAUCGGUUUACUACUCAAACCAGGCAAUCAAUUCAAUCUAACAAUCUACUACAUACCAAAUCAACGUAAUGUUAAAAAUCUUGGACAAAUUCAAUUAUCACUUGUCAAUAAUGAAUAUGAGGAUACAUUGGUUGAAUUAAUCGGAGAAACGUUGAAUGAUGAAGUUUGUUUAGAAGAUGUACCACAGUUGGAUUAUGAAAGAUACAUGUGUAUUCAAAAUGCUCUUAGACGUGCAGUUUCUGCACCGAAACCUACUUCAUCACAAUCAACAUCAGACGAUAUGGAAAGCGAUUUAAUGCAAGAUGAAACUCAAACUGCAACUGCAUUACAACAUAACUAUUUAGAUUUUGGUGAUUGUAGUCCUAAUGAUACAAUAACACGUACAAUAACAAUUACACAUUGUGGAAAAAUUAAAGAUGCAGAAUCGACAAGUUUUCGUUUUACCUGGCCAACUAAUCAUCCAGUUCUACAAUUUCGACCAUCUGAAGGUCAUUUACAUGUUAAUCAAUCAAAAAGAAUUGAAAUCACUUUUAAACCAUCUGGUUCAUCAAUAACACUGAAAUCUCAGUCAAUUAAAUGUAAUUUACAUCGUAUUCUAGUACCUAUUCCAGAGGGUUGUACAAAGCCAGUUGACUGGGACGAUACAAAACAAAUAAUUCGUUGGGUUGAUGCACCUGGAGAAAAAGUCAAUGGUCCUGAGUCGACAAAUCGUUCAAUGGCAACUACAGUAACAACAACAACAACAACAACAACAACGACAACUAGUCCAGAUAAUUCACAAGAACAAAAGUGUCAAUUGAAUGCUGAUUAUGGUCCAGCUAGUGAUGUAGUUCGUCGUAAACAAAAACUAAUUGAAAUUGAAUCGGAACCAAAUUAUGAAGAGAUAUCUGAUCGACCAGAUCCAAAACCAUUAGAAUUAUUCAUAUCUGGAGUGGCUGAUUUUGUUCAAUACAAAUGUGAAGUGACCAGAAUUGACUUUAAAGAAACGCAUAUUUUUGAAAAGCGAAUUUACAGAUUUGAGAUAAUCAAUUCAGGAUUGAUAACCCUUCAUUUUAAUUGGUCAAUUCAAAUGAUGAGUCCAUUGCCUGAAACUUUAGGAGAUAAUAACACUUUGAAUAAUAGGAUUGAUGAAAGUUAUCAUGAACAAUGGGAAAGAUCACUUAUUCCAUUCACAAUUGAUCCAGUUGAAGGUAGUAUAUUACCCGGGAAAUCUUAUUUCAUUGAAGUUACAUUUAAUCCCCUUUUACUUGGUGAAUUUGUAGCUCAACUUACAGGCAGUAUUGAUAAUCUACCUUAUCAAUCUUCGACAAAUUCUAAUCGAAAUCGGCAAGUUCUCCUACCACCGAUAAUAACAAUAACAGGAAAAUCAGAAAAUUCAAUUCUACACUUUGAUUUGUAUGAUUCAGAUUAUUUGUCUAGUGGACGUAGAAAUCCUGAGCUACCUGGACCAAUAGGUACACCACUUGGUGCAAGUUUAGAUCCAUUCACUAGAGUUAUUGAAUUCAAUACAGUUGGCUUAGGCUUAAGAAAAACUAGAUAUUUUUCAAUUAUUAAUACAACUAAAGAGAAUUUUGAAUUUAUGAUUAAAAAUGAAGAUUCAUUUAGCAUUCAAGAACCAAAAUCAGUUAAAUGUCUUGUUGACAAAGGGAUUAUUUUAGCUGGAAAAAAGAUUAAUAUUGGAUUUGAAUUCAUCUCUUAUCAACUUGGUUUAAUUGAAUCAUUUUGGCGUUUUCAUGUAAAAAAUUUCAAUUAUAAUAUACCAUUAUUAAUUGUUGGUGAAACCAGAGAACCAAAUAUUAUAUUUGACCAAUCAUAUAUUAACUUUCAUGCUGUACUAAUCGGUCAUACAAUUAGUAAAACUGUCUUAUUAAUUAAUGAAGAAGUUGUACAGUUAUCAUCAUCUUUAUCAUCAUCAAUAACCAAUACUAUGAUGAAUGAAGAAGAAGAACAAUCUGAAAAUGAAGUUGAAUUUGAGUUUUUAAAGUCAAGUCUAUAUGAUGCUGGAAAACAAGAUUCAAUUAUUGUUAAACCCAUGUCUGGUCAUCUUUUACCGGGUGAAAAACUUCCUAUUGAAAUUACUUUUCAAGCAAAUGGUGAACGUGAAGUCAACAUCAAUUUACAAUGUAACAUUAAGCAUAAAAAUCUACCGUUAACAUUGAAUAUUAAAGCUCAAGGUUAUGCUAUUCAUUCAUCAGUUUGGCUAGAUUAUACUCUGACUCCUACUACUCUUCCUAUGAAUAAGAGUAACAAUCAAACAAAGAGUACUACUGAAGUAAUUGAACAGAUUGAAAUUAAACCACUCUGGUCUCCAUGUAUAGGUAUUGAUAUAACAGAACUUAUGAAUAACUCUAUAAAUCGUAUUAAAACUGAUAAAAAUUUAAUGAAUAAAUUAAUUGAAUUAAAUAUUGGUCAAUUAAAUCCUGGUGAAUAUACUACAAGAAAAUUGAUAAUAUAUAAUAAUGGUAAAUUUAAAAUUGAUUUUCUAUGUCAAUUUAUGUUAAUUAGUAAUGGAUUAAACAAAAAAAAUGAAAUGAUAAUUGAUCAAUUGAUUAAUGGUUUCAAUUUUGAUAAAACUUAUCAUCCAUCAUCAUUAUAUAUUACUCCAAAUUCAGGUAGUUUAUUACCUAAUGAAAAAUUUAUUUGUACUAUAAAAUUUCAUCCUUUAAAACAAUUAAAUAUAUUAGGUAUAAAUCAUAUAAAAUUAAAUAAUUUACUUGGUAUUUGUUUAAUUAUACGUGAUGGUCCUAUUUAUGGAAUUAAAUUAUUUGGUUCAAUUAACAACAACCUGUACAAUUUUCAACAACUUGUAUUAAUUUUGGUUAUCAAUUAA